UAAAAGAAGAGUACUGAACUGUUCAAAUCGUAAUUCUAUAGUUUGUUGGUAUAAUUGUAUAUAUAUGUGCAUGUGCUAUAUUAAUGGAAAAGUCUCCAAUAUUCAGCGUUUUGUGACACUUGAUUGAUAAUGUAAUAUUUUUAUGUAUAUUAUUAACAGAGAGCCAGAUUUGACUACACUCCCAGUAAAUGUGACACCCACGGGCACUGUAAACAAAGCAAAUAAAUUGGGGGUGGGGUUGAAAUUAAAAAAAUUUUUUUUUUGCUAAAUCGUCAUCUUCGAUAUCGAAAACUUAUGAAACUGAACAAAUAAAGAAGUUAUAGGAGGGUGAAUUCCGAAGAAGUACCCACCCAGGACCUGUGUAAGAUUAGUAGCAGCAGAAGUUUAAACCGUUUCUACUACGAAGCAAAACAGUAGCCGAUUCGGUUCCUCCUAAAUGUAGCGUAUUAACUGUUUAUACAUAUACGGUGGAUUAAUUUAAGACUUUAGCUCUUAUUUCUAGCAGGUAAAUGCUUCUUAAGCAUCAUUACGCUUUGUGCAAAUUUAUAAUUCAUAGCUAUUUAAUGCUAUUGCACCUGCAAUCCACCUAUGUCACUGCUGGUGAUAUCAUCAAUUUUAAAAUUUAUCCACAGAUGAUAUGAACAGUAGUAACAUCUGAUUUCAAAUCUCAGUGUUUGAAUGUUUCAUUUAUAUAUAUAUACACACAUUAUUAGUUGCUCCUAUUUUCGCUGUUUCGUCUGAUAGCACGCUCGAUAUAUUGUCUACAGUUAAUUGAGAAAUUCGAAAGGGUGUUAAUUUGUACUUCAUAAUCUCAAUUAUUAAUUUUUAAUGUAACAUUAGCCACCAUACAGUUACAUCGGGCAGCACUAUACGGAAUAUAAAACGCAAUAAAACAAAAGACACCUGUAUAAGCGCGUUAAGUUAAGAAAUUAAGACACGCACUGACAUGAAAGUGAUUAACCGGUAUUUAACGACACUGAAACUUAUUUGUAGCAAACAUUCCAUGGACGCAUGGUCUUUCAGUAUGAAGUCUUUUCAAGGGAAUUACAAGCUGAUUAUCUGCAUUUACCUCCUGGAUGAAUACAAUCCCUGACAGUGAUCCCAGCUAGUAGUGAACAAAUAUUGUCAUCUUUCAUUGUAUUGAUACCAAAAGCACUUUCUUUUAUGAAAUGGCAGCAUUCAGACUAUCAACUCAAAAACUUCUACUGAAUCAGAAGUCAAGAAUUUUUUACCACUGCACAACAUUAUCACCAAGGAACAAGCUGUUGGAUGGUUCCAGUCCACAGCAUACUGAUGAUGUCAGAAAAUUUUGGUAUUGUGGACUUAAGCCUGUUCGGUUCCUUUCAGAGUCUGCUCUCUAUGUGAAUCGCUCUGUUGAAAGUCGUACUCCUGCUGUAAAUGUUGCUUUGAAUUUGGCUGAAAAAUUGCAAAACCUAGAUGAACUGAAAUCCAAUGUAGCAGUGCGGAAUAUUGAGAAAAUGGAUAUUGAAGAAUUGGUGGAGGAUUACAAGUGGUUGAUGAAAUUAAAGUUGAACAAAAAGAAACUAGAAGAAGAAAGAAAAAAUAUUGCAAGCAUGAUGGCUGCUUUGAGCAAAGUAAAAGAAACAGAAGAUGUCAAACGAUCAAAAGAGCUGCUGAAGUCUCGUGGGAAAUCUCUGAGACAGCUUUUAAAGACUUUAAAUGCUGAUUUCAAUAUUCUGGAAGAAACCGUAAUUAUGCGAAGUUUGAAGUUACCAAAUGUGCUACACAGAGACACACCAUCAGAUGAAGUGAAGAUCUUACAAGAAACUGUCCUAGAAAAAGAUUUGGCUGACUUUGCACAAGUUAACCAUGUGGUUGCUGGAGAACAAUACAACUGGAUUAAAUUCAGUAAUAUUGGACCUGGUGCCUAUUUCCUACUUGGACCACUGGCUUGGUCAGAGCGGCAUUUUAUCAAUCAUUUUUCUGAGAAUCUAAUCCAAAAUGGGUUCCAGAUGAUGGUCUGCCCUGAAAUAUUUAAAGCUGUUGUUGUGGAGGGAUGUGGAGUUGACAUCACCGAUACUGGAAAGAUCUACACUUUGGAAAAUAAUGAAGAAACAAUGAAAAUUGAACAUAUUUGUCAUUUCAUUGGUGUUUCACCCAUGUCAUUUGCAGCUUUUUGGACCAGGAUGACAGUGGAUUGUGAAGCCACUCCCCAAACCUAUUUCACCAUUGGUAAAUGUUAUCAUCCUGUUGUAUCCAGUUGUGCCAACAUGGGUUUAUAUAAUACAUCACAAACAACCAAGUGUGAGGUUUGCUCUGUAUGCCAUGAUGACACUAUGGCUGAUAAUCAAUUCCAGCAAUUCCUUACCAUGAUUUGGAACUUUUAUUCUGAUCUAAACCUUCCUGUCAGGUUGUUGCUGCUCCCUGCUUCACAGUUACAUGUUUCUGAAAGUAAGAAGGCUAUUAUAGAGAUGUGGGCCCCAUCACAACAACAAUAUCUAACGGUGGCCUCAGUCUACCUGACUGGGACAUAUAUAGGUGAGAGGUUAAUGAUAUCAAGCUCUUCUACACAGGACAAAGUUGCACACAUGGUACAUGCAGAUCUUCUUGACGUCUCCAGAAUGCUGGCAUUUUUGAUAGAACAUGGAAAGAUUGGUGAGAAUGAGCUUCUUCAACUUCCUCGCCUCAAACUCGAUGCCAUCCCAGAGCUGAUUCCUUGAAGACAAAAUGAUUGCAGAUAUAUGGUAGGAAAAAUGGGACAGAUAUCACAGAAUGACCAAUCCAUGUAGCUGCUGUCAACCAAAGAUAACUGCUUCAAGUUUUGUCUCACCAUUCAACCAUGGAAACCGAAAACAUAAAUUAUACAUUAAGAUGUUCGUAAGUUUUCAAGUCGUGUAUUGCUUUCUCACAAUGCUGUUGGAAACUAGAGAUUUUCAUGAAAUACAGUUUAACCAGUAGUAAUAAAACUACUGCAUGAAUUUGGAUGAAAUUUGCUGAUACAAUAUAAUUCAGUGAUAUUUAAUGGCUUCAUUCAGAAAUUGAUGCAUAAGAACUGAUAUCCUGCAAGUAUAAUUGAAAUCAUACAUGUAAUCAAAUCUCAUUACAUAAAUAAAUGAAGUUUGUACGAAAUGUACAUACUGCUAUAACCUAA